GGGGGGGGCUCCGCGCCCUCCGCCGACUUUUAAAAGUGGCGGCGGCGCCGGGUCGGGACCGGGACGAGCGACCCGGGAGGAACCGACCCGACCCGACGGCACCGACCGGACCGGGGCCGAACCGAACCGAACCGAACCGGGACAGACCCGGACCAGCACGACCCGAGCCAUCCCGCUCCAUCCCGCCCCACCGGGACCCUCCCGCACCGACCCCAUGUCCAACGCGCAUUUCAACCGCGGGCCGGCCUACGGGCUGUCGGCCGAGGUGAAGAAUAAGCUGGCGCAGAAGUACGACCCGCAGCGGGAGCGGGAGCUGCGCACCUGGAUCGAGGGGACCACCGGCCGCCGCAUCGGGGACAGCUUCAUGGACGGCCUCAAGGACGGCGUCAUCCUCUGCGAGCUCAUCAACAAGCUGCAGCCCGGCUCUGUGCAGAAGGUUAACGAACCCGUCCAGAACUGGCACAAGCUGGAGAACAUUGGGAACUUCCUGCGGGCCAUCACGCGCUACGGGGUGAAGCCACACGACAUCUUCGAGGCUAACGACCUCUUCGAGAACACCAACCACACACAAGUCCAGUCCACCCUCAUCGCCCUUGCCAGCCAGGCCAAGACGAAGGGGAACAACGUGGGUUUGGGGGUGAAGUACGCGGAGAAGCAACAGCGGCGUUUCCACCCUGAGAAGCUGCGUGAGGGCAGGAACAUCAUCGGCCUCCAGAUGGGCACCAACAAGUUCGCCAGCCAGCAGGGCAUGACGGCGUACGGGACGCGGCGGCACCUCUACGACCCCAAGUUGGGGACGGACCAACCCCUGGACCAGGCCACCAUCAGCCUCCAGAUGGGCACCAACAAGGGCGCCAGCCAGGCGGGAAUGACGGCACCAGGAACAAAGCGUCAGAUCUUCGAACCGUCCCUGGGCAUGGAACACUGCGACACGCUGACCAUUGGGCUGCAGAUGGGCAGCAACAAAGGCGCCUCACAGCAGGGCAUGACGGUGUACGGGCUGCCGCGGCAGGUUUACGACCCCAAAUACUGCGGUGGCCCCGAGCUGCUGGGUGAGGAUGGCCUCGACGGCUUCUACAACUCCCAGUAACCGCUGGCGAGCGGCUGCUUGCACCGCACCGCCCUGCCCCGACGCAGGGACGCACCGCAACGACCUCACCGCGCCCCCAGCCCUGCGGGGUCAGCUCGGCACGGGGGGGUUUGGCAUGGGGGGGGGGGGGGGGGGGUGUUGGCCCCACUGCCGCCUGCUUCCCCCCCACCUCCGUGUGAAGCCACCAAGGCACAAUAAAAGCCACAUGCAAACCUGCCA